AACAGUUAUGAUAGAAAAGGUGUAUCACAAAUGUUUACCUCAUCAUAUAAUGAUAUCGCUACUGAAAUAGAUGAUAUUUUAAAUAAUAAUAUGAAAGUUAUCAAUACCAAUUCAACAAAUGCUAUACAAAGUGCUUUCUUUCAUGUAAUAUAUUAUCAAAGUGCUUAUGCAAUUAGCAAGAAUAGAAUCAAGCUUGCAUAUG